CGAUCAGCUGAGCUGACAAAAGUUGUGAUUUUGUCUGCUACGGUUGAAUGAAAUUGAAUACUCUCUUCAGUCUAUAUUAUUUUCCAAGUGGCAUAAUUCGCUUUUAGAGUACAUAAAACUCUAAAAGAGAAUACACAUCAUAAUGUAUUGUAAUUUUGAAAUGGAAGAAGAUUGAUUUUUAUAUAUUUUUAGGUUCAGAAGGAGUUUGAAGAGGUCUCAUAAGAUCCAGAAAUGGCUGGCUCAGACCUCCUUCAUUUGGUUCAAUCAAAAUUGAGCACCGGGGAGAAUGUUAUAUCGAUCAACCAAGUCAGCUUAAUGCAAGGUUGGGUUGGGUUCUCGCGCAUCCUGGCAUUGGUGGAGAGAGAGGGAAAUCAUGCGCUCUUUAUUCUGCUAUCGGCAAGAAUGCCUCCCGACACUUUCACCGAUUUAUCAAUUGAAAGAGUCAUUGCCAUCGACUCUGAUUUCCGCUGCGAUGUCGAUGAUGCCAGUAAACACCAAGAUGGCAACGAUAUUUUUGUCAACGUGACAUCGAAGAAGAUCAAACUUCUGUUUGAGAUGGUACCUGGAAGUAAAACUAGCGAUUUUGUGAGCAAUCUGUUUAGGGCGACUGACCAAGUCGGGAAGAAACGUGGUGGCUUUCCUGAGUUUCAUUGGCUGUCGAAAUAUAAUUCAGGCAGCGCGCAGAGUCACGAUGAGAAGGAGGAAAUCGGUUCAGAUUCGUUGCUGUUGGACAGCCCCGAGUUGGCAGUGCCCAGACAAAGCAUUGCAAAAGGCGCUACACCGAUUGCAGCAAGGGAAAGUGUCAUUCGCUACCAGAUGGCCAUGAAAGAGGACGACUAUACCAUAACCCAAGUCAUCAGAGUUUUUGUCGGGACAUGGAACGUGAACGGCCAAGCGCCGAGUGCAUCGCUGGCAGAAUGGCUGGCAAGUGACGUGGAGCCCCCCGACAUCUAUGCCAUCGGAUUCCAGGAGUUGGAUCUCAGCAAAGAAGCAUUCCUCUUCAACGACACACCGCGUGAGGACGAGUGGAGGUUUGCGGUGACGAACAGCCUCCACCCGCGCGCCAAGUACCGCCGCAUCGCCCUCGUGCGACUCGUUGGCAUGAUGCUGCUUGUGUUCGUGCGUGAGCAGUACGCGCCCUUCGUGCAGUCUGUGGCCACCGAAACGGUUGGCACCGGUAUCAUGGGCAAACUCGGUAACAAAGGCGGCGUAUGUGUGCGAUUGGAGGUGCACCGCACUUCAAUUUGCUUCGUGAACUCUCAUUUGGCAGCCCACGUGGAGGAGUACGAGCGACGCAACCAGGACUUCCACGACAUCUGCUCGCGAGCCACCUUCACAUUCCACAGCACUCCACCCACCCCGCCGCGCUCCAUCAAGGAUCACGAUCAGGUGUACUGGCUGGGUGAUCUGAACUACCGUAUCACAGAUCUGGAUCCACGUCUGGUGAAAGAGCUGGUGGAUGCCGAGAACUACAAGCCAAUCCUCGAAUGCGAUCAACUCAAAAUCCAGCAUCGAAUGAAAAACAUUUUCGUCGGUUUCAAAGAGGGCGAAAUCAAUUUCAGACCGACCUACAAGUACGAUACUGGCACUGAUAAUUGGGACUCAAGUGAGAAGAAUAGAGCGCCGGCAUGGUGUGACCGAAUCCUGUGGAAGGGCGACCAGAUUAAGCAGAAGCAUUACAGGAGUCACCCGCAGCUCUGCAUCAGCGAUCAUAAACCCGUCAGCGCUGUUUUCCAAUCGGAGAUCAGGGUAGUCGAUGAAGUCAAAUACCGAAAGAUACACGAAGAGGUGAUGAAAAAGUUGGAUAAGCUUGAAAAUGAGUUCCUACCUCAAGUGAUGGUGGACAACACAGAAAUAAUAUUCGAUGUUUUAAGGUUUCUAGAGCUGCAAUCAAAAGAUCUCAUCAUUGCCAACACAGGACAGGUACCAGUCCAGUUUGAAUUUAUAAAAAAGCUUGAUGAUACUAGUUAUUGUAAGGAUUGGCUGCAUAUAGAGCCAUACACUGGAUUUAUAAAACCAGGCGAAAAAUGUGAUAUAAAACUUGAAGUGUACGUUGAUAAGAAGUCUGCAUGUAAAUUGAAUUCCGGCCAGGAUAAAUUGUAUGAUAUUUUAGUAUUACACCUUGAGGGUGGCAAGGAUAUAUUCAUCACUGUAACAGGGACCUACGAGAGGAGUUGUUUUGGAUCUUCUAUCGAAACUCUAGUUCAUGUUACUGUUCCUAUUCGAGAAGUGCCUAUUGGUAAACUUAUGGAAUUGGAGAAUAGCAAAGAUACACGACAGUCACAACCGUACGCCAUCCCGAAAGAGAUCUGGUUCCUAGUCGACCACCUGUACCGCUACGGCCUCAAGCAGCAGCACCUGUUCGAGCACCCUGGACUUCAUUCCGAACUCAUUCUAAUCAGAAACUGGCUUGAUAACGGAUCAUCUGAUCCGCUUCCUGGCAGUGUACAUUCUGUUGCUGAGGCACUACUUCUCUUAUUAGAAUCUACAGCAGAGCCAAUCAUUCCAUAUAAUUUGCAUAACGUCUGUCUCGGAGCUUCUAGCAACUAUCUUCAGUGCAAGCAGAUUGUCAUGCAGUUAUCUGAACACACAAAGAACGUGUUCCUGUACUUAUGCGCGUUUCUCCAAGAGCUACUCUCUCAUUCCGCCGAUAAUGAACUAGAUGCCAAAACAAUCGCAACAUUGUUCGGUGCGAUAUUCCUGAGAGACCCUCCGAGAAGUCGAAGUGAUAUGGCGACUAGGAGUCGGACCAACCAACAGACGUUGGAUCGCAAAAAGGCAAACUUCGUCUAUCACUUUCUAGUUAACGACCAGAGCGAGCUGAUCGGUUGCUCCUAAAAUUAUUGCUACUGUGAGGAAAUCAACAACUUCUAAUUCAUCAGAGAACAUAUUUUGUCAUCCCUAAACUAGUAUAAUUAUUUUUUUCAACCACUAUUCAUCAUCAAAUCAGUUUAUAAUCUUCAUCAACAUACCCAUCAUUGAAAAUAUGUGACCAUAUAAAUAAGAUAUGUGUACAAGUAUGACUUUACAUAUUACAAUAUAAUAAAUCUAUAUCAUAUUAUAAGGGAACAUAUUAAUAAGAUGAGGGAUAUGUAUAUCACUAUAUCUUAAUCAAAAUUGUUUCUAGUUUAAAAAACUAGGAAUAUUACGCAGAAUCGAGCAGGCAAAUUGUUCUAUGUUUAGAAUUUGCAUUGUAAUGAAACCUUUGGGCAUUUAAAAAAAACUUUUUAGCAAAAAACUCGUUGCUGCUAAACUGUAUAUAAUUAAAAUAUGCAUUACCCAUGAGUACAUUAUUCAUAUUUAUGCAGUGCACUAGCCAUUUAUGGCUUCAUAUAACAUGUAACUGCCAAAACUAAGAAUAGUAGUAGUUCAUUCCACAGUACAUUACACAUCAGUGAAGAUAAUAAUUAUGUGAUCAUAUUUGUAACUAGGUACUAAAACUAAAAGUGAAUCAAUAGGAUGUCCUAACAAUAAGGGGAAGGUUGAAUUAUCAUUAAUAUAAUGUAUCGUGACUUCGAUAACCAACUCCUCUCGAAUGAAAACUUGUUCAGCCUAUCAGCUUUCGACAGUGUGCAUGUAAUAGCAAAGACAAUUGGAAAUAUGGUCUUUUGAUAGUAGAAAUUGAUCUUAGCUUGGCGUUGCUAGAACUCAUGUAAGAUAAAUAAUAUGGUUCUGCAUUAUUAGUCCAGUCACUAUUACAUUGGUGCAUGCAAUUUAUAUUGUAGUUCUGAUUUUUCAAUAUAUUAUUUGGGUAUAUAAGAGAAGUCCAGAAGCAAUU